UGGCCGCUCUGCCUUCAACACAAGCAAUAAUAAGGGAAUGGGGAUGUUGAAAUCCUCACCGCACUCUGAAGGCUCUAGCUUCAAAAUGUUUUUGAAACUUGGAAAAACGCUAAGAGGCCAUGUGGAAGAGAGCAACUUUGCAAUGCAGAGAACCGGGGAGCGGAGCGUCCCUGCAGAGCCGUGCCGCUGUCUUGGCCAGCACGGACCUCGGGUCACCGGGCCUUCUGCUGGGUCACGGCCGGAGCGGAGCCGCCAACACACCCGCGACCGCGCUCAGACCCGCGGCACGCCCGACGCGGAGCUGCGGGAGCUGCAGGUGCCAGAGGCUGUCACGGGGAAGCACGGCACUGCCCCGUCCCUUCUGGCGGCUCCCACAGAACGCCCUCAGCAGCCCCGUGUUGCCCGCGGGCGAAGCAAGCCCGCACCGCCGCCCCUCGGAGGCUGCCGGCAGCGCUCCCCGAGAGGAGCGCGGCCCGGGCGCGCUGGGGCCGCCCCGCUCCGCCCCUUCCGCCGGGCACGGCGAGCCCGGCCCCGCGCCGCCCCCGGGACACCGCGGGCAGGGCACAGCUCCCCGAACAUUCACUUUCCGCACUUCCUUGUAAAGUAUUUUUGUCCUUGAGCACAGCACCAUCUUGCUGUUAUCCUACUUCGGCGCUCUGAAAAUUCACUUGUGGGCCUUUGGUCCUGUACGUGUAGCUCAACAUGGGUGUUAGGACAUACUACUGUAGAACUAUAGAAGCAUUUAAGGUGAAAACGCCCUCUAGGAUUGACGGAACAAUUACACAGUCCCCACGGGAAUGCAGCAAGUAAAAUAACAAUAAUUCCAGUAAAAGCACUUCAAAGGACUCUGCUAAGCCAGCUCCUAUUGGAAAAAAAUAGCAAAGAUACACUUACUUUGGUCCAGCCACCAAUACUAGUGAUUUAGACUGUUUGCAGCUGGAGUAAUGACAAAUCUUCUACAGCAGCCAGCUCCCACACGAUCAGCUAUCAUUUAGUAGUUCAUGAGAUAACUUUUCCUUUAAAUCCACUGGACUAGAAUAUCUUAUCAAUUAAAUGACAUUGCAAUGUUUCCCACAGGUUUUAGACAGUUCCACUAACCAGCACAGUAUGUAGCAAAUCCCAUGUGACAACUAUUACCAUCACCCUCAACAGGGCAAGGACCACAUCUAUACCAGUUUUAACUGCUGCUCUGGUUUUAAUGACUUCAGUCUCACCAGUGACAGUUUUCAAGCUGCAGAUGAACAAUGCAAGU